UGGAGAGGCCCACGUAGACCAAUUAGCUAAAUGGGCCGGGCCUUGUAAAUGGGCCCAAUAUUGGCUAAAACCUCAAUUAAGCGCGAGGGCGAGAGGAGAUGCUGAUACCAACACACCCAAAAAUGGCGGCGGCGCCGGAGAGCAAGGCGGGGAAAUCUCCGGAGGAGCUCCUCUGCGCGGCGGCGGGGUCCGGUGACGCGGAGGCCGUCACUGGGCUCCUCGCUGAAGGCGCAGACCCCACCCACUUCGAUGCCUCCGGGACGACCCCGCUGAUGCACGCGGCCGCCGGGGGCCACGCCGCCGUUGUGCAGCUUCUCCUCGACACCGGCGCGCCAUGGAACGCGCUCUCCCCCUCGGGCGUCUCCGCGGGAGACCUCGCCUCCGAUCCCGCCACCUUCGACCUCCUCCUCGACCACGCCCUCCGCUCAGAGCUCGUCCUGGGAACCGUCGCCCGCCGCCAAGCGGGCUCUGCCAACUCCUCCUCCGGAGGGGCCCCCGCCGAGAGCUACCUCGAGUCGAGGGUUUCGUUCAGCGAGGAGAGGGUGAUGGACGCGGAUAGCAAGGCUGUGAUGAUGGAGUGGGAGCGGCCGCUGAUGGAGGCGCACGCGCGGGCGGUGUGCUCCGGCGGCGGCGGCAAGGUGCUCAACGUGGGGUUCGGGAUGGGACUCGUGGACACGGCGAUACAGAGGUACGAGCCCGAGGAGCAUACCAUCGUCGAGGCACACCCGGAGGUGUACGCCCGGAUGCUCAAGCUCGGGUGGGGAGAGAAGAAGAACGUCAAGGUCGUGUUCGGACGGUGGCAGGACGUGCUCCCGCAGCUCGGGUCUUACGACGGUAUAUUCUUCGAUACAUACGGAGAAUACUACGAGGACAUGAGAGAGUUCCAUCAACAUCUUCCUAAGCUACUGAAGCCUGGAGGGAUCUACUCGUAUUUCAAUGGCCUUUGUGGUGACAACGCCUUCUUCCAUGUAGUGUAUUGCCAGCUUGUCGCCCUAGAGUUGGCAAAUCUUGGCUACUCCACACAAUUCAUCCCACUCCCAGUCAAAGACUGUCUUUCAGAGGAAAUAUGGAACGGAGUGAAGCAAAAAUACUGGCAACUGGAUACUUACCACCUCCCCGUGUGCCAAGCAGAAUCAGAGCCGGAGCAAUAGCCUUUGAACUAGUCAACCAACCGUUCCAGCGUCAAUGGCUACUUGCUUGGUUGCUGCUACGUUUCUUCAAGCAUGCUUCUGAAUUACAAACACCAUCGCCGGAGCUGGAACUUUUAUUGUGCUGUGACGUCUCCGCUGCGAUCUAGUCUUACAAUUCUACUACUAUUCUACUCUAUGGAGUAUAUAUGCUUGUCGCCUGUGACCUGUAGCCAAUGAAAGAGUACUCCAAAGAAACUUGUUUUCUUAGCAACGAUGAUCCCCCUAUCUUUUCGCUUAUAUUUAUAAGUCAAAGUUUAAAUUUUUAACCUUAAAU